AGCGUGAUGGAUCCCCAAGACUGCCCCUGCGCAACUGGUGGUUCUUGUACCUGUGCUGGUUCCUGCAAAUGCAAGAAUUGCAAGUGUACUUCCUGUCAAAAAAGCUGCUGCUCCUGUUGCCUGGUUGGCUGCAGCAAGUGUGCAAAGGGCUGCAUCUGCAAAGAGCCGCUGUCAAAUAAAUGCAGCUGUUGUGCCUAA